CGCAUUCACUGCUCGAGUGUAAAGAAUUUUACAAGUUUUUCAAGUGCUUUUCAUAUACAAAAUGGUGUAUAAUUUUAAAGUGUUUAAAAAAUGUUCGCCCAAUGGAAAGCUCACGCUGUAUAUGGGAAAACGGGACUUCGUCGAUCACAUCUCUUACGUGGAACCAAUAGAUGGCAUUGUGGUCGUGGACGAGGAGUACGUCCGAGACCGGCGGGUGUUCGCGCAAGUCGUCUGCACUUUCCGUUACGGCCGCGAGGAGGAUGAGAUCAUGGGACUCUCUUUCUAUAAAGAGUUAUACUUGGCUUCGGAGCAGAUCUACCCCCCACUUGAGAAGAGGGCCUAUGAACUUACCCGCACUCAGGAGCGCCUUGUGAAGAAGUUGGGCGAUUGGGCGCUGCCGUUCCGGCUAACGUUACCGGCAGGAGCGCCCGGCUCUGUGACACUGCAACCCGGCUUGGAGGAUGAGGGAGAGCCGUGUGGCGUGCACUACUAUGUUAAACUUUUUGUUGGUGAAACAGAAAUCGAUCGAUCGCACCGCAGGAGCACGGUGGCGUUGGGUAUCCGCAAGGUGCAAUUCGCACCGGACAAGCCCGGCCCCCAGCCGUGCACGUUGGUUCGCAAAGAUUUUGUGCUCUCGCCGGGGCAGCUUGAACUGGAGUUGACUCUCGACAAACAGCUGUAUAUUCACGGGGAAACGGUGGCGGUGAACAUCAGCAUACGCAACCACAGCAACAAGGUGGUGAAGAAGAUCAAGGCGAGUAUUUUACAGUCCGUCGACAUCGUGCUCUUCCAGAAUGGCCAGUACCGAAAUGUCGUCACCGGUGUAGAGACACAAGACGGAUGUCCUCUCCAACCCGGUGCUAACAUGCAGAAAGUCGUCCAACUGAGGCCAACGCUGGGUCCACUGCGCGACCGCCGUGGACUCGCGUUAGAUGCACAGCUCAAGCGACAGGAAACUACGCUCGCUUCCACAACUUUAUUGCUGGACCCGGAGCAGCGUGACGCGUUCGGUAUCGUGGUGAGCUACAGCGUCAAAGUUAAGCUUUACCUCGGCGCUCUCGGAGGCGAGCUGAGCGCGGAGCUACCCUUCAUUCUGAUGCAUCCCAAGGAGGGUCGCUUGAAAUUAGUGCAGGCGGACAGUGAGGCAGAUGUAGAGAUGUUCAGGCAGGACACUGUGCUCCAUCAAGAGAGCGUCGAAGUUUACUAACAUAUCCUCACUAUAUCCAUUUGAUAUACGACUACUUAUUUACACAAACACGAAGGAAAUUAUACAAAAUUACCACAAAAAAUUUAAUUAUUGUUAUUUUGAAAUACUUUUUCGCUUUUCGAAUUUUAUCGUGAAUUAUUAUGAAAUAGUAAUUGAUUGAUAUAUGUAUAAUGUAUAUUAGGUAAUAUUAUAGUACUUUAGUUAAUACGGUCGGUUACUAUAGCAAUAGUGUUAAGGAUUAUAAAGUACUCGCAAGAAAUAUAUUUAAUAUUGUUGAGUAUCAAAUAUUUUAGACAAUAAUUUUUAGUUAGAAUAAACUAACAAGCUUCGAAACUGGAAAAUAUUUGUCAAAAAGUUCUAAAAUCAGCUCUCUAAUAAAUAUUUAAU